CUUUUUUGAGGAUAAAGUGUUCAAAAUGACAUAUUUAUAUCUGUACAAGUUGGUAUAAAUUGUAUGUUUAAACCAUUUGAUCUAAUGACUAAAUGAUUUAUAAGUCAGAAUUCAACACAAAACUUUAUAAUCCAGAAUUGCCAUGUCAAACGGAAACACAUUCAAUCCGGAGGAGGACUUUCCGGAGGUGUACAAGAUCUGCAAGCUGUUCAAGCCGAGCGACGUGGAUCUGGAGAAGAUCAGGGACUUGUUGGACAAGGAGAUUGUGAUGGGCUUGAGUCGCGACCACCACGAUCGCUCCACAGUGCCCUGCCACCUGAGCUACGUCCAGGAUCUGCCGACUGGCAGGGAGCGCGGUCAGUUCCUGGCCCUCGAGAUGAUGCCCACCAACUGCCGGAUAAUGCUGGUGAAGUUCAGCAGCGAGAAGGACAUCUACACCAGUUCCAAGUGCGUGAUAAUGCCGCACACUGUGGCGGCGGGACGGGGCACCGAGGUGUUCCACUUCCUGGCCACCACCAUAGCCAAUUUCGUGAAGGAGAAGAAGGUGGAGAAAGACAAUCUGCCGCUGGGCAUUGCCUUUGCGUUCAGCCUCAACAAACUGGCGUUGGACGUGGGCAUCUUGGUGUCGUGGACCAAGGAGUUUGGGGCCCAGGGCGCCAUCGGCAAGGACGUGGUCCAAUUGCUGCGCGACGCUCUGGCCAAGUUCCCCGAAAUAUCCGUCGAGGUCAUGGGCAUUAUCAAUGUGGGAGCGGGUUCGCUUUUAGCCCUGUGCUGGGCCCAGCCGGACACCCGAAUGGGCCUGAUCAUGGGCAGCAUUGCCAACUCCUGCUACGUGGAGCAGGUCGAGAGGUGUCAGCUGUACGAGGGCGAGGAGGGCCGACGGCUGAUGAUCAUCAACUCGGACUGGGCCCAUUUCGGCGACAACGGGGCACUGGACUUUGUGCGCAACGAGUUCGAUCGCCAGCUGGACAACGAGUCCCUAACUCCGGGUGUUCGGACCUACGAGAAGUUCAGCGGAGCACUCUGCAUGGGCGAACUGGUUCGCAUCAUCGUAAUGCGACUGAUGGGAAUGGGUGCCAUCUUUGCGGAAGCCAGACGCGACUAUAUAGGCAUCCAGUGGAAGUUGGACAUGGUUUCGUUGAUCGAAAUCGCCUCGGAUCCGCCGGGUGACUACACGCGGGCACAGGAGGUGAUGGACAAGUUCCGGAUCCGUCACUGCAAGGAGCGGGAUCUGGCUGCCCUGCGCUACAUCUGCGACACGGUCACGAACCGCGCUGCCAUGCUGGUGGCCAGUGGAGUGGCCUGUCUCGUCAACCGCAUGCACCUGCCACAGAUCUCGAUCGCCGUGGACGGCGGCAUCUACCGCCUCCACCCGACCUUCGCCGCCGUCCUCAACAAGUACACCCACCUGCUAACCGAUCCGCGCUUCAAGUUCGAGUUCGUGAUCACACAGGACAGCUGCGGCGUGGGGGCUGCCAUCAUGGCGGGCAUGGCACAUGCCAACAAGUACAACACCGACUCCAAGAUGUUCACUAUGGACUACUAGCACUGAUGUGGAAAUAAGUUGGUUUUGAAUGCAAUAAAUUUUAUACAGUGCAAUUAUUGGUGGCGAAUCUCUUAAUUUCCGCAACUUUUUGAAUUGUUAUCUAU